UGGCGGCGUCCCGGCCGUCAGAUGCGGCACCGCGGCUCGUGGCCGCCGUCGCGCCCCGCCCCUCCCCUUAUAUGGCGCGCAGCCGCGCAUCUGGCUCGAGAUCCCGUCCACGCCAUUUGCACCGCGUCGCAUCGCUUCCACACGACCAGCAGCGAGUUGAGCUGAACGCCUGUGCGCCACAAGAAGCUUCUAGAUUGAGGCAGUCGAGCUAAGCUAGCCCGCCAUGACGUCCACCGUGACCACGCCCAGCCGGCCGCUCGCCGCCGGGUGCCGCUGCGCGGCCGGGCCGCGGCGGUCCGGCCCCGCUGUGCUCGCGCUCAACAAUGGUCCGCGGCGGCGGGCGCCGUCCACGAGCUGCUCGGCGCUCGCGUCGCCCGAGAAGCAGCGCACGGCUAAGCUCCCCCCGCCGCAGCGCCCGUCGAGGGCCCCGGCGGAGGAGGGGGAGGGGACGGACUACAACGAGGUGGCGGCCGCGCUGGAGAGCAUCUACAAGCUCAGCCCCGCCGUGGUCGAGGAGAAGCACGGCGAGGACGACGAGGCCAAGAAGGACAAGAAGAAGAGGAAGGGCAGAGUGGGCAGGAGCACGGUGAUCGUGAGGAGCCGGCGGAGGAGGCGCGGGAGGAGGAUGGAUCUGGGGAAGAGGGUGGAGAUGAAGCAGAAGGAGGGCGAUGCCGGCGGCAAGCAGGAGGAGGAGCGGGAGUUCGAGGAGAUGCUGCUCCGGGAGCACUCGGUGUCCACGGACAUGGGCAGCCUCGACUGGAAGCGCAUGAAGAUCCCGCCGGUGCUUAGCUCCGCUCAGAGCGCGCGACUCUUCAAGACCAUGCAGCCAAUGAAGGCGAUCUUCGAAGUGCAAGAGAGCUUGAGGGAGGACUUGCAGAGGGAUCCGACCGACGCUGAGCUCGCCGAGGCCACCGGCAUGACGGUCCAGCAGCUGCGCCGCCGCCUCGACGUCGGCAGGGCCGCCAGGAACAAGGUCAUCAAGCACAACCUCCGGCUGGUGCUGUACGCCAUCAACAAGUACUACCCGGACAUGGCCAACGACGAGAGGUUCGACGACCUCUGCCAGGCCGGCGCCAACGGCCUCAUCACCGCCAUCGACCGGUUCGAGCCCAAGCGCGGCUUCCGCAUCUCCACCUACGCGCUCUUCUGGAUCCGCCACUCCAUCGUCCGCGCCAUGACGCUCUCCAACUUCACGCGCUUCCCCUUCGCCAUGGAAUCGGAGAGGCAGGAGAUCAACAAGGCCCGGGAGGAGCUGGCGUUCGAGCUCGGGAGGGCGCCCACGGACGAGGAGGUGAUCAAGAGGGUGGGCAUCUCCCAGCAGAGGUACCGCGACGUGCUGCGGAUGACGAGGCCCACCUACUCGCUGCACUCGCGGAACCGCGUGACGCAGGAGGAGCUCAUCAACGAGGUCACCGACGACGACGCCAUCGGGGUCGACGCCGGCAAGCACAACACGCUGCUCCGCCUCGCCAUCGACGACCUCCUGGACUCCCUGAAGCCCAAGGAGAGCCUGGUGAUCAGGCAGCGGUUCGGGCUCGACGGCCGGGGGAAGCGCACGCUCAGCGAGAUCGCCGGCAACCUCAGCAUCUCGCGGGAGAUGGUCCGCAAGUACGAGCUCAAGGCCCUGAUGAAGCUCAAGCACCCCACGCGGGUGGAGUACCUGCGCAGGUACAUGUGAGCUCAUCGUUCGUACCGUGCCGUAGCAUCAUGCAUGCGGUGCACAGCCUACUAGUACUACAAAAACAUAGUUACUCUGCUGUAUAUAUUUCUGCCUCCGCUACUCCGCAGUCUCUGCACUGCACAGUCCAUCGCACUACACUGAAAUCACUCCGUGUUAUACUAGAAGACACUGUACAUAUACAGGAAUGGUGUGUGUGUGAAUCGUAAUGAGUGAGUUCAUUCGAGUGAGGUUGUAUUGCAGACCUCGCAUGCAAUUCUUACCAUACAUUAUAUAUAGUAUACAUGAUGUAAGAAGUCGAGCAAUGUCCCCUGCUUUUUGCAGCUCCGCAUGGUAAUUAGUAAAUCAUCAUAUUUCUGCAAUUAUGCAGACAGAGA